GCGACGCGCAGCUCAGCGUAGAGAGCCGCUCCCGAAAGUGAAGCAGACUUGAUAAAAAGUACGUCGAUUGCGCGCCUCGCCGAAAGGCCUCUCAGUUCCAGUGCAGCUCGUGACAGUGAACCAGUGACAGACGGAGAAAGAUUAAGAAUUCGAGGGCCUCGAAACAACAACAAUAGCAGUAGCGAGUCCAAGACAUUGACUUGAGCGCCGUGGGCGCAUCUCGAUCUUUUCUCGCACGUGCUCCCGAUCGAGCCAGUCCGACUGCAUUCAUGUGCUCAACUCGGCUCGGCGGAGGAGGCAGCCGCCGCCGCUGCGGAGCCGAUCGUCGCGUGAAUCAGCAGCUGCAGCAGCAAUUGCAUCGAGAUCCGAUAAGUAGCAUCUGAGCUGCUGAAAAGCUACUCGAAAGCAACAGCGUCGACGUCGAGAGCAACGACGACGAGGACACGUAGGGACGACGAUCGAGAACAGACUCGUACUCGACUCGCUGCAUCGUGUACACGUGUCCUGCCGCCAUAGGCUUCGAUAACAAUAUGGAAAGACGAACGGCAAAAGUCGGAAUGAUGGCGCUCUUGGUGCUGGUGCACUGCGUGUCACUACUGGCUCUCGACAGGAGCGAGAGCCGGGCCCUGUACAGCGAAAGUCGUACACCUAGUCAACAGCAGCAGCAGCAGCAACAACAGCACCAACAACAACAAAGGUUACGACUCUCAAGAAAGCUUAACAGUAAGCACAACGAAGUGUCGGUGGCAGCUGCCGAACCCAACAAAAAGACAUCCCACGUAUUGUCGGGUGGGCAUUUGCGAUCCGAAGUUUCGACUACUACUACUACUACUACUACUACUAGCGAAUUACCGCCCAGUCAAAACGACACAAGCCUCGACGACGACGGUUUGUUGCUGUCCUCGGCGAGCGAGCUCGGUCCCGGUCAGGUUUCUACCAGCGUCACCAGCAGCACCAGCAGCACCGACGACGAGGACAAAAAGACCCUGUCGCAGCAGGUGAAGGAGGGCAAAUACGGCCUCAUACAGAACGAGAUCUUCUCCGAGCCCCCGAAGCGGCCGGGAAUCAUCAGCUACGCGUCGAAUCCCGAGGUGCCUCGCGACACCGCGGAAAAUCUCGGCGGCCUCGACAAGGAUGAGAUCUGGCUGGCCGAGAAUCACGUGCUCGUGCUCAAAGGUGGCGGUCUGCCCGAGGACCACGCGGACGACGGCGAGGAGCCCGUAGACGGAGUGCCCAGCUGGCCACCGAUCGACGACUACGAGGCACCGCGGCGCCAAGUCAAGAUUCCGGCGCAUCCGCGCGUCCCGCCGCCUUUCCCGGUGCAGCUGACCGACGGCGGUCCGGUGCAGUUGUUUGCGGCCAACGGCAGCAGCAUCAUCGACAACAACGCGAGCAUCUCCAUCGAGCUGCUGCCCGACAGUUUUCGUGGAUUCCUGCCCGGCGAGGGGCCAUACUUUCCGCAGCUGAACAGCAGCGAGUCGCCGCCUCUGGACCAGCAGGCUCAAGCCAAACGGCCAAAGGCCGAAUUUUACCCGGCCCUACCUCCGGGCGCCGUCGUAGUUCCACCGCCACCGGCCAAUCAGAGCGACUACGAUGACGAGGACCAGUCGAUUUACUAUCCACCGCCUUACAGCUUCGUUUAUCAUCAGGAUAAUUCUACGGACAUACCACCGGGGCCUUUGGUUCCUGGUAUUAUUUUACCGCCUCCGCCUGACUUUUUCUCCGUCCUGGAAGAUGACGAGUCCGCGGAAAAAGAAAAACUUGCGAAGGCGAAGAAGCUGCGAGACGAUACGAUCUCUGUUUUUCUUCCCAGUGUGGCUAGCCAGUCGAAUCAAUUAGGCUCCAGCGGUGCACAGCCAAGCCCGUCCUCGCGUAAGCCUAGCAAGACUUACAAAACACCGGCGGGUGCCACGUACGCCUCUAAAACGUACGGACGUUCGAAAUUCAAGAGCACGACGUACACGCCAAAAGCUAGCUACAUCGAAGUCACGACAAGUACUCCGCCGUCGAUCGAAUCCAGCAGCCCCGAUCCGCUGAGCAGUAAUCAAGUUUUCGAAAGUAGCAGCGAAAAAGCCCCUUGGCUCUACACCAGCUCCGAGAAGACGACUUGGUUCGAGACGAGCACGGAGAAGCCGAGGUGGCGCAGCGAGGCCAGCCCGUCGAAGAACACCUGGUACGGUAGCUCGAAGCAACCGAGCUGGUUCGAGCCGAGCACAGCCAAGCCACCGGCGACGUGGCAUCAGGCCAGUAGCACGGAGAAGAGGCCAUCGUGGAGAACGCGCAACAAGGAGAAAUCCAAUUGGUUCAAAACGAGCACGGAAAAGGCGCCGUGGCGCGUGAGCAGUGCCCCCGUGCCGCUGGUGAGCUUCUUCGCCUCGACGACGCCCAACUCGGUGGAGCAGGCGGUCGAGUCGACGCCGACCCCGCUGCAGAGCGUCUUGACGACCGAGCAACCCCCGCAGACUUAUCCGAGUCAAGCGUCUUACUACUUUUACGAGGAGGCCGGCGAUGCCCUGUCGAGCACACCGGCGCCGCUGCUCUACUUCGGCGGAGUCAGUGCCGAGCCGCCGGCUUACUACAAGCUCGAGACCGACGACAAACGCGAGUACUACGACGUCGAACUCGUAACCCAAGCGGCUCCUGCCAAGUCGACGCUGAAGGCCGCCACACCUAGCCCGACGGUAACGACGACGAGCACGACGACGACGACUACUCCGAGUCCGCUGGCCUCGUACCAGAGCUCGGUGCAAUCGCAGUCGAGGCCGCGACUCUUGCCGAGCGAGCCGAUCUACUAUCGACCGGUGCCGACGCGCUCUCAACCGAAGCUCACCUACUUCGCCACGACGCCCAAGAGCAAGAUUCACUACUACAAGGCCAGCACGGGCAGCAGCAGCAAGUCCAAGCCCAUCUACCAGUACAGCUUCGAGGCGAGCAACUACGCGCGACCGUCGAGCUUGCGACUGGGACCGGAGCCGCCCCCUCAGCAGCAGCUCGAGCCGCGCCAGGUGCCUCGACGGCCGAAGGAGCUGCCCUCGCCGACUCUGUUCGCCGCCAAGCACUUCGGCGAGACGAUAGCGGCGCAGACGCCCCUCAGACAGUCCGUGUCGGCGGCCAAUUACGGACCGAGCUACAACGCGCUUCGCAGCAUCAGGCCCAACUCGCUGCUGGGAUCGAGCACGGUGGCGCCUCCGCUUCGGGACACGACGCUGGCGGCUCAUCAGCAGUACUUCACCAAGCAGGACGAGCUGCUGCUCGACGACGUCACCAAGGAGUACUUUACGGUGUUCGGCAAGAAGCUGCCGGCGAGCACGACGCCCAUCUACGGCAAAUCCAGCGUCACCGAGCGACCGACUUACGCGACUCCGGCCCCGGCCAAUGGACAUCGAGCCGCCAACGUCAAGGUUCAUUACGGCGAUCACACGCCCGGGCCGUCGCUCGUCGACGACAUACUCGUCAACUUCAAGCAGCCGCUGCCGUCCCUCGAGCCUCAGGCCGAGUUCGUUCCGCUGCUCGGCGCCGAUCCCGAUUCCGGGAGUUUCCGACCGCGACCGCGUCAGCAGCAGUCGCAACAGCAACAGCAACAGCAGCUGCAGCAGCAACAACAGCAACUACGUCAACAGCAUCACUUGGACUACGGUCAAGCGCGAACUGCGCCCGAUCACGUCGAGAAUCACGUCGAGCGACCCAACUCUUACUUCGCCUACCGAUUACCCGGAGACGGUGGCCAUUUCUAUUUCCUCACGCCACAGGCCAUCGGACCGAGCUCUAGGGAGGAUCCUUAUCACUUUUUCGCGCGACCAGGUAGACUGCUGCGGCGUCGACGACGACCCGACUCCACGUAAGCUGUUGCCGACGAUGCCGAUUGCGUCGCGCACCUUAUAUACAACUUGCCUCCAUGUACUACGAAUAAAACUACUCUUAUUUGUUUGCGCCAAAUACUUCGGGCUGACUAAUCGUUUGAGCGAUAAUUUUUUCGAUUAUUUUCUCGUUGAGAAAGAGCUGCAUCUGCCUGAAAAUUCGCAAAUGUCCAUACCCCUGUGUUCGAUCGAAAUUGCGUCCCAUUAUCGGCGAUAAGUACCAAAGACGUUCAAAUUGCUCGAGUGUACGGUGUAUGCAAAAUAAUGCAGAUAGCUAUUCGAGGCAAAACUCGGAUGCCAUAUAUAUUAAAAAAAAAAUAUAUUAAAGCUUAGAAAGAGCUUUUGAUGCGAGCGUGCGUACCUAUGUUUUCACUGCGUGCAUAUUAGUAACAAUGCGGUGAUCUGAUUCAUUUCUUUGUACAUAAGAUGUAAAACACGUCAAUUGACUAAAAUAUAAUUACUACCUAGUUUUAAACAUUAUAUUUAAUUAUUUUUACGAAAAAAUAUUUCCUGUUAUUUGCGCCUAUUGUCUGUGAUUAUUGAUUGAAGUGUAUAUAAUAAAGUAUCGAUAAUUAAUCACAUUUAGGUUUCCAAACUUUUUAGGAGUCGAUUUGGUUAAAGUGCUUCGUAAAGUGUUAUUUACUAGUUAAUGCUAAAUACAAUGUUAUUACGAGAUCGAUCGAGAGACAGUAUGAACACUUAAUCAAAAUCAAGUUUAAUAGCGUUCUACAUGAAUCACACAUUGAUCGAUGAUAUAUAUAAGAUUAAAAUUGCGAUUUUCUGAAGGAUGUUGUGAACACAAAUGUAUAAGAUUUUUUUAUGUUUAACUUUGAAAUUCAAAAUAUGUAAAUCAGAAUGCUGAGUUUGUGUUUGAAUAUUCCAAUUAUAGCGUGGUACCAAGUUGGUUAUCAAUAUCAAUAUAAAUUAAGUAAUAAACAAAGUGUUAAU